AUCACAAAGAAAUAUUUUACAAACAAAAUAAAUUCAAUUUGCUAGUGUCUGAACAUUUGGCGGAAAUAAUAUCCAAUCUGAACUUUUGUAACAAAAAGGGGCGGAGUUAGAUAUUCAUCCGCGGCCAUGUGCUAGAGCAAAUCACUGUUCCAAGAAACUUAUAGGUUUCUUGUUUUAAUUCACUUCCUUGUUUUUAAGUUGACCGGCGCGCUACAUAAACAAUUCGCUGAAAGUUGAUAAGUAUUGGCUCUUGUCCAUAUACUUGAAGGACUUCCUGAUUUGAACCGAUAAACAAGAAUAAAUCAAAAACAAUUGAAUCAGUGCAUACCGACGAUCAUAAGUUUCUCUAAAAGAUAUAGAAUCGUCUAAUUUAGACCUUUUAACAUAUAGAUAGAUAGGUACCAACUGCUAUAGAGUUAUAUAGCUCUGAUAGAAAAAAUAUGUAUUCUCUCAAGAAAACACUUUACCAGUUAGUAGUUGAGUCGGCAGAGAAGUUUCCAUCAAGGGACGCCAUCGUCUGCAUCGAGGAUAAUGUCAGAGUAACAUUUUCUGAGCUUAAACAAAAGGUUGAUAGUUUUGCCGGCGGUCUUGCCGAAAGUGGUGUUUCCUCGGGUGAUAAUUUCGUUAUCUGGGGACCUAACUGCUUGGAAUGGAUAGUCGCACAAUAUGCCGUGAGCAAAGUGGGGGCAAUCUUCACUGGCCUCAACCCAACGUAUUCUCCCGUAGAGGCAGCGCAAAUAUUGAAUCAGAUCAAGUGUAAUACAAUUUUAUGCUUAUCCGUUGGGGAGAAAAGUACGUAUGGUAUUCUACGGGCGAUAUGCCCCGAUAUCAUGGAGCAAGAAUCCGGGAAGAUUCAAUGCAAGGCGAUACCGACACUUCGGAGGGUAAUUGUGGAUUCGGCGGAAGCUAAACCAGGCACAGUUAGGAUGGAAGAACUUAUGUCUACAGAACAGACAACCAGUAUUCAAACAGAUGAUCUGAAUCCGGAUGACAUAGCAACGCUACAACUGACUUCGGGCACGACUGGACAACCGAAAAGUGUCUCGCUCACUCACAGCCAAAUCAUUAGCAGCGCCUAUAUGUCGGGAACAGUAUUCGGUAGUGACAAACAGACUCAUAAACUCUGUAUGCCCGGACCCUUGUUCCGCUGUGGCAUCAUGGUGGGUGCCAGUGUGACGAUGGCGCUGUUUGGGACAACCUUAGUGUUACCCUCAAGGAUGCCAAAUCCUAUGACAAUGCUGAAAGCAGUCCAGGAUGAAAAAUGCACUGUAGUGUCCGGGAAUCCACCUAUGAUAGCUGCAAUUUUGAAACAUCCGCAAUUUUCCACUUUUGACUUGAGUUCAUUGGAAAUAAUUUUGAUAGGCGGUGCGAAAUUGUCAGCAUGGAUGCUCGGACAAGUGAAGGAGAAAAUUAAUCCAAAAUAUAUAUUCAGAGCUGUCCUAAUGACGGAAGCAUCGGGAAUGUGCAUACAUAGCACGAAACAGGACACAUUCGAACAGAUAAGAGAUACCGACGGGAAGCCCAUUCCAGGAUUAGAGGCGAAGAUUGUUGGCGUUCACGGCGAAUCUGUGGAGUAUGAAUGUAUAGGUGAGCUCUUCUUAAGAGGACCGAAUAUCAUGAAAGAGUACUUCAACAACCAACAGAAAUCAAAUGAUGCUUUAGAGGACGGUUGGUUGAAAACAGGCGAUUUGGCAUCCAUGACAGAAGAUGGCUUCGUUACAAUAGUGGACAGAAAGAAUGACAUUAUCUCUCGAAAUGGAAAUGUUGUUUACCCAUCAACGAUAGAGGCAGCAAUAAGAACGUCUAAAGCUAUCGCUGAUGUGCAGGUUGUUGGUGUCCCUGGUCAAAAUGGUGAAGAGAUAUGUGCGUUUGUCAAAUGCAAUCCUGGUGCAGAGACAGUAUCCAUUGAAGAUAUAGGGAAGAUCUGUCAAGAGUCGAGAGUAGAUAGCCCUACCCAGUUUAUGAUUGUUGACGAAUUCCCAAGAACUCCAACAAAAAAGGUGCAGAAAUACAAACUUCGUGAGCUGUUUCUCCAACAGAAUCGGCAGAACUAAAAUGGACAUUAGCAAUAAAAAGUGCUAAGAGAACAUUCCAAGUUUCUUAACUUCAUAUUCUCCUUGGGUUCUCCAAGGUCUUACUGCCAAGGUGGUAUUGUGUAAUGAAUGGUGAUCAGAGGAUUAGACAAAGAUAAUUAACACUUCAAGGAUUAAUUGAAAAAGUAAUGCAUUUAUUCUUUGACCAUGUCAUACAUUUUGAUAACAAAAUUCUGCCAUAAUAUCCUUUAUUCCUCAAAAUUACACUAUCAGAAUGGAAUCUACACAAUGCUGUAACUGCACCGUCUACACUAUGUUGGUAUUAACAGUGCUUUUGCGAUCUUCUGAACACAAUGGAUUUUGUCCAUUUAGAAAUCUCGGAAUAUAUUUUAUAUAUGUGACCCCAAUACUGUAUAUAAAAUCCUAUACACGUGAAAAAUAUUUUUGAUACUUGAAAACUGGACAUUAAGUUUUCCCAUGGUAUAUUUUCAUACAGACUUCUUUCGCUCUAUUGUGAAAUAUGAAAGUUCAAUGAAUACGCGUCCAUACACUGUGCAUUUUUUGUUUUAACCAUUUUAUAGCUCUCUUGUGUUCAGUUUAGAAAGAUAAGGAACAUUUUCAGUGAAUUCUGUUUUGAAUUUGUUCACGAUAUAUUUUAAUAUCUUUAAUUUAUUGUUAUACAAUAUUGUGUAUGAAUAUUUAAACAGUUUAAAAAAACUAAAUAAAUCUUAGCAUACUUUUAUAAAUAAUAAA